AUGGAUCGUAUUGAAGCGCUUCUCGGUGACGUGAAGAAAGAGCUGACGACGUAUAGGAGUGCUAUUACUACUGGCCUAGUUAGCGGAUUAAAAAACCACCUGACGUCAUUGGUCGAUUUGGCUAUGCAGACAUCGAAUAAAAAUGUAGUAUCUUCGAUGCAAUCGAUGUCGUCAGGGAUGUCGGAACUCAAUGACGAAAUUAAAAGACUUUCUACUGUGACGAUUGAUAUGGCGGCUGAAUCAACCAUGCAGCACUACCCAACAAUAGGGCUGGAAAUUCUCGAUGAGAAUCACGCUUUUAACCAUAACAACAAUAACAGCAACAAUAACAACUACAACAACAGAAGCAACAAUAACUACAGAUACAAUAACAACAGGAGUAAUAGAAACAACUACAAUCGGAAUAGCAGGAACAGUAACAACCGGAAUAAUAGAAUCAUCGGUAAUAACAACAGCAACAACAACGACAAGAACAACAACGGCAUCGAGGAAGAACGGCAGCAGCAGACGUUCCCCGGUAUAUUGCCAGACCGUACGCUGAACUUGAAAAUAGACUCGCUGUGGCUUCCCGAUGGCCGUCAGCGGUUCUCGUAA